UUUCGGCAUCAGCAACAUCCUUUCAGAUGGUGAUAACGCUAGUAAAAUUCGGUUAAUCACAACGUUCGAGAAUGCCGUUUACGAAACUGGAUGUACUGUACUAUUUGACAGUCUCUUCGCUUUGUUCCCGACGAAGAUACCUUUGCGACACUGCUCAUAGCCUCAUGUCAGUCACGUGUACCGCCGCCAUAGCUCGUACAUCUGAGCACUGCUCAUCCCGAUGGUCGCGGUAAAAUUCAGAGCGUUUUCGAUCUCAUCCCUCCUCUUAAGCUUACGAGAGCAGACCAUCACAAGCUUCGCACACUCAUCAAAUUCUGCCCUCCGCGAUCGCAGUUCUUCCUCAAGAUUCCGGCGCACAUUUUCCAACUGCAUCGACUGGAUACGAGCAUGAACAAGCAGCUCAAAAUACUGGGCUUUCAGUUCUUUGUUCACCGCUUCAUCUGCAUUCCGCUGUGCCUGGAUUCUCUUCCGGUUCUCAGCAUCCAGGCUGGCUUGUUCAUCCUCCCGGCGAAGCUCCUGUUCAACCUCCCGGCGAAUCUCCUGCAUGCGCUCUGGCGUAAGGUGCAAGCUAAAGUUAACAGAAUUAUCCGAGAAACGUUUCACUGGAAUAACUCCCGUUGAAGUCGUAUUACUGGUUGUGCUGUUCAUGCCGGUGAUCGUCUUGUCCAGUAACACAGACUGUGCACAACCGCAGAUUAGGAUUAAGCCAUACAAUAUGUUUUUCAUGUGGAAACGCCAGCGACGCUAUACAUACGGUUUUGGAUACUGAUAACAUAACAGCUGCGAUUUCAAACAACGAAAACAUGGGGACGCUGAGCACGGAGGAUAUGUUUCGGAAACUUUUAAAAUUGGAAAUGAAAGUCGACGCGCUUUUGAAUUCGCGUGAAGGAACGAAUUCCACUAACCUGCAAGGAGUGCACUCUGGUGCUCUGAGCUGGACUGCGAAUUCCGCACAGCGUCCACCUUUCCCGCCAGUGCAGCUUGUUCCGAGUAAUAGCCCUCCGUCUGCUUGGAGUCCGCUGCAGAGUGGUCCUAUUAACCAGCUACAACCGCCGCUUCAGUCACAGCUUGUCCCGACACCUUAUAAUUCCCAUCCGUACCUCUCGGCCGGACAGAUCCCGCAGUAUGCACAGUAUGGUCACGUAAAUGGGGCUGGUUUUUCCGGAUUUGGUCAGACGCACUUGGCAGAUUACGGAAUCGGAGAGCAGCAUAUGGAUUACACGAAUGGAACGUUCCAUUUUAAAAAGCCAGCGAUCCCACAUCCUCCGCUCACGCAGAUGCCGCUGCAGCCAUUUAUAUCAGUAGGCCGUGAUAUGAACUUCUUUUAUAAACCCAAAAAGUGAAGGCCAGCAUUUUUGGCUUCGUGUUUCCACGUUAUGUUUUACUAGAAAGAAUGAUGUCUAAGAUUUGCCAGUCCAGCGUUAAUACGAGCUGCGCGUGUGAGAAUUUUCGGUUUUUGACUCUUCUAUGUAGUCGCAUGUUUUUUCGGAAAUUUUGCAAUCGGUAUAAAAUAUUUAAACGGAUAAGCGCUAAUGAAUGCGUAUGGAAUAAAAGGAUUUUCUCCGUUAUUAAUUCUGAAUUUCUGCUAAUUAAAUAUGCAGAGUCACAGUUAAAUUGUAGAGCAGUAUUAUUACAAC